UUUAACAAGCUCUGGGUACGAAGAGCAAUGGCGUCUGUACAUAAGUUUCCCGAUUUCGCCGUAAUAUGCUCCUUUUUGGAGCGUUACGGCGAAAUGUUGCAGCUGCCCGACCUCACAAUCCCAGAAUUACAAGAAGCAAUAGAAGAAACAAAAUGUGAUGUUCCAAUUUUGAGAGAGAUGAUCAUCAAGUUGAUGCGUCGUCUAAUCAAAAACGUGAAUGCCGAAAAAUGGGAGAGACAUUUAGUCAAGAUAAGCCGCUACUAUUCAGGAAUGGCAGCAUGGGAGGUGGACACCCUAGGUUACAUGCAGAGUAAAACAGAAACAAAAUUAGGUCUCCUAAAGUUUCUAUGCGAUAGCCAAUUUGACGAGCCAAAGUCCAAGUUCAGGCUGGCUGUGAAUGAGAUAGAGCCAGAGACCAUGAGGAUACAGCCAAUCGGAAGGGAUAAGAUGGGACUCGUCUACUGGUUUCAAAAGGAUCAUGAUGCUAACAUCAGAGUGUACAGAGAAGAACAAGAUGAUUUAGACAACUCUUCCUGGCAGAUGGUCUCACAGGACCGAGAUGAUCUGGCAGGGCUUCUUGCUGUACUGAAGAAAGGCACAAACAAACUCACCUCGUUAGAACUCAAGACAGAUGACUCGGAGUCGACCACGACGUCCGUCACCAACGACGAGGACACUGAGCUUGACAUCAAGGAAGAAAUUGCCAAGCUUCGCCUGAAGGUGUCAUUCAGGCAAGAAACGGACUCCGAAGGUGUGAAACUUGAAACCACGAUGCAGGCUGAAGUGAUGAAACCAGAAGGGACUGUGAAAUCAGAGACAUUAGCAGUGAAAGAGGAGCAAAUGGAUACCACCGAUGGAGAGAAGGAAUAUAUUGAUGAUAAAGGAGUGAAAGAAGAACCAAUGGAAUCUUGUGAUUUAAAGGAGAAUUUGUCUAAACUGAAAACAGAAAUGGAAACAGAAAGUUCUGUUCAGAAAGAUGACUGUGUUGCUUUGAAAUUAGAAGAAGCUACCAAGAUCAAAUCUGAAGAGGGGAUGGUUGACAGGGAAGGUUUGGUUGAUGUGAAAAAAGAGGAGUUGGGAGUGAAACAGGAAGUACCACCCUGCAGAAGAGGAUCAGUGAUUAUGAAGGUAGGGGACGGUGUCAAAGGUUACAAGCCGGUUUCAACUCCAUCAGGGAGUGAAGCAUCAGUCAUGAAGGAUGAUAAAGAGGAUGUGGAUGUGAAGGCCAUUGCAGGAGAGAGCGAGUCUAAGGAAUCAAACAAAUCAACAGAUCCUUCUGAGAAGGUGCUAGAAAGGGCACCUGGUAAAGGCAAUAGCAGCAAGGAGGAGAAGGAGAAAUCAAAAGACAUUGUAAGCGAUGAGAGGACAAAAGAAGAUCAAGAUGGUCAACAGGGUAGACCUGAGGGCCAGCCAACCUCUGUUGUAGUGCCUGAGGAAGUCUCUGAAAGGGCACCCAGACCAGCGUCUGCACCCGAACUGACCGUGACACCGCCUAAGACCCUUGCAGGGGAACCGAUGGCUUCCUCAUCCACUUCAUCUCUGAUCCCCAGCCAGGCAUCACCAAGGGCCAGAACGCCCACCACUAGCCUGUUCAUGAGACCGUGGGAGACUGCACCAGCUCAGCCGGAGAAAGAAACGGAAGAGGUGGAGGGGGAGGGAACGUCAGUUGGAGUAGAUUCUGGUCGGAAAGAUGGUCAGAUGCCAGCACAGUCUAAAGGAGGAUUAGAAGGGAAAGGUAGCGUGGCCAAGCAAACGCAAUUACAAGAAGAUGAAGGAUGUAAGGCCAUGGAGGCUAAAGACAGUGACUCCCAGAGUAUUCCCGAGGUUAGGAAAUUGGUGGAUGUCCCAAAACCCAAAGAGGACAACCCAGCAUUAGAAAAGUCAGUUCAAGAAAAAGAGGCUACAGAAAAGGAGGAAGACAGAUCAGCCAGAGCAGAACCCUUGGAAAAUACAAACAUGUCGGUUACACAAGAGAAAGGACAGGAAACAGAAGUCAAAGAUGUUGUGAAUAAGAACGAAGUGUCAAAAGAUAAAUCAGGGCCCGAUAGGGACGCCAAAGUAGGCAAAGGUGUUGACUUGCAAGAGGAGGAUUCCAAGAAGAGUCCUGCUGAAGCAGGUGUGGAGAGAUCAGAAGGUGAAGGAUCAAGGAAAAGGGAUGGUAUGAAAGAGAAGGAGAAGAGGAAAGAAGCAGAGGAGGAAGAUGGUAAAGUUGCCACGAGUGAAGAAGAUGAGGAUCUCUUGAAGGGAGACGGUAAGGUGUCGGGUGUAGAGCAGCAUGAUGAGAGUGAUGGAAAGACCAAGUGCGCAGAAGAAACUGAUCCAAAAGACCAAUCAGACGGGAAGGAGAAGACUAGAGAGGAGAAGGAGGAAGGUUCCAAAGUGGAGGAGGACGUGACAGCAGACAGGCCCGCAUCAAAGGAGAUGGAAGAGCUGAGUGAAGAAGGAGCAAAGAGGGAAACGGAGAGCACUGAGAAGAGAGAUGAAGAAGAAAAGGAGGAUGUUACAAAGAAGGAUGACGGUGUUGAGAAGGACAAAACAGAAGCGGAGGAAGCCGUCCGGCCUCUGCGUAAAGGGUCUCGUCCUCUCAGACCAAGAAGAGGCAAACAACAGGAGGAGCAACCGGCGGAGACGAAGAAACCCAAACCAGCCCCAAAGAAAAGAGGAAGACCAAAAAAGAAAGUUGAAGUUUCAAGUCAAGAUGAGAAGACAAGCCAGGAUGAAGGUUUUAGCCAGGAGGAUGAGGAAGAGAAGGAAAGCAAAAAGAAAAGCAUUUCCAAAGAACUAAUGGAAGAUGAGGAAGAAGACGAAGAGGACGAUGAGGAAGAAGAAGAAGAAAGUGAUGACGAUGACAACGACGAUGACUACGGAAGGAAGAAAAUUCAAAAAAAGAAAGGGGUGCGUACGGCGAAGAAGAAACGCAAGAAGAAAAGACUACGGUACACUCCCAAGAGGAAAGCGUCGCAGAAAGCCGUCAAUAAGAUAGUUGAAAUGGAGAAAGAUGAGGACGAAUUACCAGCGAAGAGCAGUUAUGCAGGAAAGAACAAACUGAAGAAGGCUGAUGAUAGUGACUGGAUCUCUGAAGAGAAUGAUGACACCCCCUGCUGUAAAUGUGGACUGUACAACCAUCCCCGAUGGAUUCUCUUGUGUGAUAAAUGCGACUCUGGUUUUCAUACGGCUUGCCUACGACCACCGCUAAUGGCCAUCCCAGACGGCAACUGGUUCUGCCCAAAGUGUGAACAUGAGGAACUGAUAGUCAAUCUGCAAGCAAAGCUGGAAGAUCUCGAUGGUGACCUCAAAAAGAAGGACAGACUAGCUAGAAGGGAUGAAAGAAAGCUGAAAUAUAAAUACACUGAUGUGUGUGCCGUCAAUAUAUUGCCAGAGGACACAACGGUAGUCGAAAAGAAGAAGCGAUCACGGCGCAAUGAUUAUGAAGAAGAAGAAGACGAAGAGGAGGAGGUUGAAUACGAGGAUCAACGCAACCACAGAUCCCACAGCUCGCGAUCACGUCGAUCACAGGGUUCGCGGUCGCGCCGAUCACAGGGCUCACGCCGUCGACGAUCGCGAAGCUCACGACAUCAUCGAGAUCGGCGAAGUAGACCUCGCCGAUCUCAGAGAGACUUUGUGGUGCCCGAUUUCGAAGACGAUUACGAGGUCGUGAGUCGGAGGUCGCAGAGGUCGCGUAAGACCAUUGAUUACAGCUUCAAUGACUUUGACUCAGCUAUCAAGACGGCCAUCAAUGACGAGGUGGAGGAGCAUAAAAAAGCGGUGGACCAAAUCAAGUCCCGCUGGGGGGUGAGUCGAGGGAAGGACAUGUCAACCAUCAUGGGAGACGAAGUUGACGAGGAGGAGGAGCAGGAGGGGGAGGAGACGGGGGAGAAGAGAGCCGAGGAGGUGGACGGAGAAGCUGAAGAGGGGAAGAGGCGGGACAGGAAAGGGAAGAAGAAGAGACGGCUCAACGAUCUGGACGGGUCUAGCGAGGACGAGAACAGUGAAGACUUCAAGGUGGACAGUGAGAAUGAGAGUGAGUCGGCUGAAGAUGGCAGUAAUUUCUCUGAAGCGAGUGAGGACAGCUUCUUGACAUCGAGACGUCGCGCAUCAAGACGAAAGGCACCCUCGAAGAGGAGCCUUCGCUACGCUGGCAUGCCGCGAAGAAAGAGUGAGAGGGGGAGGAAGAGGGUGAGAUACUACAGCUCAGCGGAAGAUGAUGAAGGCAGCUAUUACUCCGGAAGCUCAGGUGGCAGUUACACCGGGAGUGAUUCUGAGGAUGAUGAGGGGACCUCUGGAGGAAGACGGAAAGCCGCGGCCAAGGUCAUCUCCUACAGAGAAUACUCCGACAGCGACGAGGGGAGAUUGAAGAAGAGGAAGCAGGCGGCCAGGACCCCGACGCCUUCUCCGUCGUCAUCUUCCGAGGUCGAGGAUUACACCCAACGAAAAAGGAAAUUCCGCAUCGAUAGUGAUGAGGAGGAGGAGGAGGAGGAGGAGGGAGAGGAGAAGACAAAAUCGAAGAGAAGGAUUGAAAGUGACAGUGAGGAUAGUGAUAUUGGAAGGAGGAAAAAGAAGAAGAAUAGCAUCGAUCUCCAGCGAUCUUCUCUGCGGAAGCUAUCCACAAGGAUCGACUAUAAGAAAAUGGCGGGGGAGAGCACAGAAUCGGACGAAAAUGAUAGUAAGAGUGAACGGGAUCAGGACUCAAACAAGGAGAAUGAGGAUGAAUCUGGCGACGAAAGCAGUGAUGAGGCUGUUAGCCAGAAAGUGAGGACUACCAAACAACUCCCCCAUUCGCAAAUGGGACAAUCUUACAUUCCAACCACUGUCAAUGGGGGUGCUAGUACAGGAGGCCUUCACGACGGGGCUGCUUCACCGGGGGAGAGGGAUGCUCAUGGUGGCGCAAUCGGAGGGACUGUAAAUGGAGAAGGCGAGGAGGAGGACGACCUUUUACAGGUCACCGACCUGAUCGACUAUGUGACACAAGACAUUUAAGGUCAAAGGUGAAAGACUGAUCUUUCUAUCUGUGAGGAAUUAUCUGUAUAUAGGUAUUUUGCGGGAUAUAUUAAUGUAAUUUUGUUUUGUGUUUUAUGUCAGAUUGUAAUUACGUUGUCUGUCAAUCAUGUUAGCUUUUAAUCGUGAAACAAAAUUGCCUCAGAUAAUAGAAGAUGCAAAAAACGAUACUGCCAAAUAAUGGUCUUCAAUCAUUUAAACACUGAUAUAAUCUUAGUCUGUCUUGUAUCUGAAUUGCCAAAGUAUUGUAAAUCACUACUAAAUUUCAUUGGUCAACAGUAAUCCUGAUGCAUAUUAUCUGACCGGCUCACAGCCAAGCAUUUGAUUAGGAUGCAUCUAUCCAUUUUUAUAAUAGUUCCGAACAAACUACUGUUAAAUCAUCAUGCACAUUCAAAUCAACAAAUCAUGUGUAAAUGCAAAACGAAAAAGUAAAAGAAAUGUACUUUUCCAUUUGUGAUAGAUGAUAUAUUCCUUGCCUACAUUUGAGUACAUGAAUGGUUUAAAUAGCAUUACAAUUUUUUAAUGAAAAUUAAAGCCUCCAUAUAUGCUUCUAAAUUGUAUUAUGGUUUAAUAAUUAGUCAUGAAAAAAGUUGUGAUUAAUGGUCGGUCUGCCAUGUGCUUUCUGAUCAUCUUCUUUUGU